AUGCGUCUGAUCCACGUCUUCUUGGUGGUUGUCGCCGCUCUCGUCGCUAGCAGCAAUGCUGUUCCUGCUUCCGCAGACAUCUCCCAGCUCACCAGCGAGCAGAAUAAACGAUCUCUCCGAGGCAGGCAGGCGGUGGUCCACAGCGACGGCGAGAAGGAAGAGAGACGCCUCGUGAAUGUUGACCUCGCUAUCAAGGACGCGGUGAAAGCGACCAACAAGGCGACCGUGUGGAAGGCGCAGUGCGCGGCAUGGAAGUUGAUGGGCAAGACCCCCACGAAACUGGCCCAGGAAUUGAAGAUCAUGAACAGGGGGCAUGUCAAGUGGGAAAAGUUCAUGGCUUACCAGAAGUUCUACGGCAAGGGGCCCCUGAGAUACCCCUAA